AUGGAAAAUUUUCCUCAUAAUCAACAGGUUCUGCAGCAAGUAGAAAAUACCGCAAGGAGGCGAUCGAGACAAUCCAGUAAGUAUCUUGGGUUAAGAAGAAGGCCAUGGGGACGAUAUGCAGCGGAGAUUAGAAACCCAUUUACUAAAGAAAGGCACUGGUUAGGAACUUUUGAUACCGAAGAAGAAGCUGCAUUAACUUAUGAUAUUUCAGCUAUUUCUAUUAGCGGAUUAGGUCGAGCUCGUACGAAUUUUUAUUACCCGUUUCUUGUUCCUCUAUCAAUAUCCACAACUUCACCGCAACCUUCACCAACACCUCCCACUUCUCUUCUCCUUUCUACUCCACCACCGUCGCCACCUCCAACACCAACGUUAGAAGAAGAGACAAGUUACCAUCAUCAUAAUCAGCAGCAAUCUUAUGAGGAUUUAGAUAAUGACAUUGAUGCUCUAGAUAAUGAUGAAUCAAUGACUAUAGCUGCUAUCUUAGAGAGUUUUUGUUCAGGUUUAUAA